AUGUCUACCGCAUUCAGCAGCCAACUAUUAGCCGCAACAAAACGCGAUUUUCAUGAAAUCGUCCAGCAACUCUUCCUGAAGAACCAGGAGCCUAUAAGACCACAAAAUUACAGGAGUGGUACUUUUCGACAAUCAAAAAAUUAUAUGCUCCUAUAUGAGGAAGAGCAACAUCUAGCAGAUCACAUAGCAGUCCUCGCCCAAGCCAGGGAGGGCGCAACUAGUGUGUCGGCAGCUAUGAUUCAAGAGUGCAAUGGUCGAGAUUCGCCAUCGCUAACCAUUCGAAUCGCAUCAAACGAAACGCCCUUACCAGAAACUGUGAAUAGAUUGCAAACGGAUGAGCACAUAGAUAUUCACAAGUCAAAUCUCCUCAUACAAAUUAUCAAGCUGAGCAAAAGUCGUCUGCAACGUCGUAUUAGCCCACAAAAGAAUCGAGGUGGCAAGGUUGGAGUUUCACCUUUUGACAGGGUUGAAUCAUUGCAAUGUGAACUGUUGGUAAUAGAAGCCAAUGCUGACAAGACGUCUCCACGAAGUUCUCUUUGUGUUUACCUUUCAGAGUUAUGCCAAAAGAUCGAAAGCUUCACUCUUUCUUCCGAAGAUGGACAAAUAAGUCUUUUAACCGCAAUAGUCCUUACUACACGCAAAGUAUCGACGUAUGCCAAUAAUCCAUCACUUAAGCACCUAGACCUCAACCACCGCCGAACCGUCUCCCAAAUCGACAAGAUAAGCAGAUACCUAGAAAUCAGUAAUGGCCUGAUGGAAUUUUCUCGGAAAAAGGGUUGUAAUGGUUUAUUUCGCAACAUCCACUUGGAAGUGUGCAAUACGCCCAAGGCUCAGUAUCACAAGGGUCAAAUUUUGCAUGUCCAUAGUGAGACACAACUCAUUCAUUUCUAUGAGCAAUAUCCUGCGGGUUCGGCCCCAAGGUACAAAGGAUCCAGUAAGUCGGCUUGCUUUCUAUGCGACUCAUUUAUCAGGAAACAUGGAUUAUACCGUAUCUCGCACUUGCACUGCAGAUUGUAUCCAAGAUGGACGGUACCAGAAGGAGAUUGCGUAAAUGAAGAGAUAAAUUUGAAGUUUGGUGAGAUUUUGAGAGACAUGAGUCAGGAAAUGGUGCAGAUCAAAGAGACUUUCGUGAGACGACCCGGAUAUAAAGGAAAUGGUGCAGAGAGCAGAGUGCAUCUGUUGAUACUUUCGUCGAACUCCAAUGCAAUUUCAAGCCCUUUGACAGAGAUGAGCGCUUCUUUGAGGUCAGAAACUUCAUUAAAAAUUGCCGUUGUUCAUAAGUCUCAGUCUGAGCUUUCCGAAGCCUCUAAAGUCACAAUAAACACCACAUACCAAUCUUGUGAUCUUCCGCCAAAUACGACUACCAGUUCGACUGUCGUAACAGGAGCUUUGAAUGGCCUUGAUACUGCUCUCGAAUCAGGGGUCAUCCCAGGUUCCAACUCGGCACCUUCCAUCAGCUCAAAAUCACCACACCCAAGUCCCUUAUACGAGUGCCACCCACAAGACCUCCCCAUUACAAUCCGUAUCUCACCCGAUAAUCCCCUAGACACAAUUAUCCUCUCCAUCGGUAAAGUGGAAUACAUCUUUGAUGUUCGCGAUAUGGAAUUUGGAUAUCUUCAUAGUAGACCAACGAAACAAAUCGAUGUACUGAAAGAAAGGAAGCGAUUGCAAAGUGGAGAAUCAGCUGAAGGAAGCCAUGAAGCACUCCGACUCGUAGAUGUCAGAGGUUCUGAACUUGAUGGCGAACUUGUGCUCAUCGGCAGAACUUCGGAUUCAAAGGCAGUGGCGUUUUCUGUAAAUGAUGGGGGAAAAUGUAACAUUUGUGUCAAGGUUGUAUGGGAUGCAGAGGAAGCAUAA